AUGGACCACCCUCACCCCGCAGCUCCCUUCAUCUACAUCGCCCUCAUCGUCCUUCUCUUCGAGUUUCAGGAGCAACUUCAAUUCCCUACCACCAUUCGACUGCUCGAAAACUCCGUCUGCCAGCGCUACUAUGCCGAGCUGGGGCGUGUCGACCUGCCCGUGGGCGAGGCUCUCUGCAAGAUCGGUCCUGUCCAACAGCACCUCGCCAUGGUUAGGGGCUGGUACAGCGCCUUGGGGAUGCUCCCCGUGCUCGUCUUGGGACCUGCAUUCGGCCACUUGACCGACACCAUUGGUCGCCGCUUUGUUUUGGGCCUUGUCACCGUAGGGAUAGCCGCAUGCAUAGCCUGGGUAUACGUUGUCUGCGCCUUCUGGUCCUCAAUUCCAACUGAGUUGGUAUGGCUUGCAGGCCUGCUACGCAUUAUCGGAGGUGGACCCUACAUGGCAAUCACUCUGCAUGCAACUAUAGCUGCCGAUUUAUGCGACGACGACACAAGGGGGCAAGUUAUGUAUUACUUGUUCUGUUCCAAGCUUGCUGUCGAACUCUUGGUUCCCCAGUUGGCCUCACUUCUUCUGCUUCACUCGCUUUGGCUGCCCUAUCUCCUUGGUGGCUUGGCCCUGCUCGCGACGCUGCCAAUAGUCAAGAUCAUGUCGGAAUCCCUUCCACAUCAAACAACAGUAGAUUAUGGCCAGCUACUACAAGUCGUUCAUCCGAGGCGUUUACACGCGUACAAAGGUAUUCUCAAAACACCAGGAGUCAUUCCGGGGCUUGCUACGGCUUUCUUGGUGCAGAUGAGAUACAAUGCUCUCCAAAUAUUGCCUCCGUAUGCAUCGGUUCGAUUCGGUUGGACCAUCGCGCAGACUACGAGACUUCUCUCUAUCAUCCCUGGCAUAAGUUUGGUCAUAUAUUUGACUCUACCGUCUCUAACAGAAUAUCUUCGGACACGGCAAUGUUCUGUGUCUAAGAUCAAUUUGACAGUCACGCGACUGAGUUGUGUUGCCCUCGUCGCUGGAACCGUCACUAUAUUCACCCUACCAAGCAUUGGCGGGCUUAUCGUCGGUUUGAUCGUGCUUUCUGCUGGGUUCAACACUCGCGUCCCGAUCCUCGUCGCGUUGGCCAGUUAUAUCGAUGGUGCUAAAAACAUGGCCCAACUGUACACGCUCAUGUCUGUGAUUGAGGCCCUUGCCCAUGUGGUGGGUAGUCCUUUGAUCGAAAUGAUCUGGGCGGCUGCCGUGGGGAUGGGAUCACAGUGGCUAGUAUUGCCGGGUUCUUUUUCCUAG